AUGAACGUCUCUUUACCAACAGCAGGUGCUGUGGCUCUUGCCAUAGCACUUCUUGGCUACGCAUGCUACCGAGCAGCGCUCCCACGUCCAUUGCCUGGCAUACCGUACAACAAAAAGUCGGCUCAACGGCUCCUGGGCGAUGCUCCGGACCUGUUCAAGUACAAGGCUGAGAAUGGAGACCUUUUUUCGUACGUGGCCAAGAUGGCCGUCGAAAUGAAUGAGCCCGUCUUCCAAGUCUUUAUGCAACCAAUGGGUCGACCCUGGGUGGUAAUCAUGGAUCCUCGGGAGACACACGAUAUUCUGACACGCCGGAUCAAAGAGUUCGACCGGUCCAAGUUCUUCGGCCAGAUCUUCUCGAGCAUGCUGCCGAAGUUUCAUGUUCAUAUGCCAACGGGCGAUGAGUGGCAUGCUCAUCGGCGAUUGAUUAGCGAUACAAUGGCCCCGACGUUCCUCAAUCAAGUCGCAGGACCGCAGAUGUGGGACAGCAUGAGCAGUAUGGUGGAGCUGUGGAAAGAGAAGGCAAGACUGGCAGAAGGCCGGCCAUUCUCAGCGUUCCACGACUGCCAUAACACCACACUCGAUAUCAUCUGGGCUGCAACAUUCGGCGGCGGUAUGGGGCCUAACACCACACGUGCUAAGCGUCUUGCAGAGGUCGACAAGCUCGAGCUGGGCUCCAAUGUUGACAAGGCUGUUGAUUUCCCUGAACCGCAGGACCCGCCCGCAUUCAAGUCGAUCACCACUUUGGUGGACUCCAUGACGAUUCCUGUCAACUCCAUCAUUCCAGCACCGGCUCACUGGUUCGCACUGAAUACAGACCGAACUCUCAUCAACGCUCGACGCAAGAAGGACCAGCUCAUUCGGGCCAAGUUGAGAGAAGCGCAAGAAAAAUUCUCCCACGUUGCGAAAGAUGAUGUGGAGUCGACAGCCGGCCUGAAGUGUGCAUUAGAUCUCGUGGUAUCGAAAGAGCUGAAGAUGGCCCAAAAGGAGGGACGAACAGCCGACCUCGAUAGUCAAGCCCUUCAAGAUGAACUCUUUGGCUUCCUACUUGCUGGCGAGGAUACGACCUCGACCGCGUUGUGCUGGGCACUCAAGUAUUUGACCUCUCAGCAAGACGUGCAGACCAAACUUCGCAACACACUUCGAGAAAACUUCAAAGGAGCCCACGAAGCGAGACGGACACCCUCUAUCGAAGAAAUCACCAGCAAAUCGGUACCCUAUCUUGAUGCUGUAAUUGAAGAAGCCAACCGGAUCGGACCCAUCGUCCCAGCGUCGGCUCGACAGACACUAAAAGAUGUGGAGGUGCUAGGCUAUCAGAUACCCGCCGGGACAGAUGUGUUCAUGUUUAUCAAUGGUCCAGGUUACUUGAUGGAUCCUCUGCCGGUGGAAGAACACAAGCGCAGCAAGAACAGCCAGGCUAACAAGGACAAAAUACCGGCUUGGAGGGAUCCUGCUCUCUUCAUGCCAGAGAGGUGGCUGGACAAGAACGGCGACUUCAAUCCCAAUGCAGGUCCCUUCAAUACCUUCGGCGCAGGUCCAAGAGGCUGCUUCGGUCGAAAAUGGGCCCAUCUCGAGCUCAGAAUCAUGCUUAUCCUCAUCAUCUGGAACUUCGAACUCCUUCCCACCCCGAAAGAACUUUCCUCGUUCCGCUCGUACGAUGGGGUGACGCACGGCCCGGAACGGUGCUAUGUGAGGCUGAAAGCCCUAUCUUGA